ACAGCCGAAGGGCGGUGAACAGAGGCUAUGUCACCAGCUUGCUCAGACUGCAUCAGGACUGGCACAAUCACGACACCGUCAACACCUUCGUGAUGAUCCGUCGGGGGCUUCUACUCUGUCUCCAGCACAUCGUCACCUUCCGGUCGGGCAGGGAGGCCUUCCUGGCGGCCCAGGGCAUGGAGACCCUGUUCAGCAUUACACAGAAUUGCCUGGACAACAAGGGCAUGGAGCCUGUCAUCUCUGUCAUGCUGCAGAUCCUGAGGCAAUGCUACCCAGUGAGUCCACUUCCUUUGGUCACACCCAGCAGUGCCUAUGUCUUCUCAGUCCCUGGGAACUUCAACCCUGAGCCUCCAUGUGCUCUACCUGAAGAAGAUUUUGAAGAUGAUGGUGAUGAAGAGGUGGACAAAGACUCGGAUUCUGAGGAUGUGAAAGAGGAAUAUGAUGACUUGGAAACUGAUGUGGACAAGCUGAGUUCCAAACCUGGGCUUGACCGACCUGAAGAGGAACUCAUGCAAUAUGAGGCAAUGUGUCUGGAGCUCUCCUAUAGCUUUGAGGAACUAGAGCCCAAAUUUGGAGAUGAUGCAAACUUUGAAGACUCUCAGAACACAAAUCACCACCACAUUCCCACUGCUGCCUCCCCAAAGCAGCACUGCUUGAAGAAGGACCAAACCUCCUGGGGGCAAGAAAAAGAAGACACAGUCCAGACUUCUCUCCUGAGCAUGGUGAAGAUGGGAAGGUCCUCCAAGAAAAGACCCAUAAAGAACAUAUACCACAAUGUGCAAUCCAAUGGUCUUGGCAUAGAUUCUCUUGGAAAUGAUAUCCCUGACAUUCAGACUUCCCCAAAAGAAGAUGAUUGGGACAUAGAAGCUAUUUCUUGCCCAAGGAUGAGUGCCUCCUUUUCUAAUUCCUCUAGUCCUAGAGAAGCUGGUGAAGCAAUAGAUAAGCUUCUGCACCUACAUCCCAAGCAUAUCCCUUUCCACGAUCCCUGCCUUUAUAUGGCCAAAGCCAGAAGAACCAGGUCUGUGGUGGACUUCAAGAUGGUGGCAUUUCCUGAUCUCUGGGGGCACUGUCCACCUCCCUCUGCCCAGUCCAUGUUGGAACGCAAAUGUGGAGUCCAGAGGAUCAAGAUAUUUGAGGAUGUCCGAAGGUUCAUCCAGCCAAAUGAUAUUAUAAAUAAAGUUAUCUUUAGUUUAGAUGAGCCUUGGCCUUUGCAAGACACAGCUUCCAGUUGCCUAAGGUUCUUCUCCAAGUUUGAGUCAGGAAACCUUCGAAAAGCCAUCCAAGUGCGUGAGUUUGAGUAUGACUUGCUGAUCAAUGCUGAUGUGAACAGCUGCCAGCACCAGCAAUGGUUCUAUUUCAAGGUGAGCGGUAUGAGAGCCAACACCCCUUACCGAUUCAACAUCAUCAACUGUGAGAAGCCCAACAGCCAGUUUAAUUAUGGGAUGCAGCCAACUCUGUACUCUGUGAAGGAGGCUCUUCUUGGCAGACCCAGCUGGAUACGGACAGGCAAUGAGAUCUGUUAUUACAAAAACCAUUAUCGCCAGAGGGCAGCUGCCACCGGUGGGACAUCUGGGAAGUGCUAUUAUACCCUCACCUUUGUGGUCACCUUCCCACAUGAUGAGGAUGUCUGCUACCUGGCCUACCACUAUCCCUACACCUACUCAGCCCUCAUGACUCACCUCGACAUCUUGGAAAAAAGUAUCAACCCCAGGCAAGUCUACUUCCGGCAGGAGGUUCUCUGCCACACUCUGGGAGGGAACCCAUGUCCAUUGGUGACCAUCACAGCCAUGCCAGAGUCCAGCAGCACUGACCAUCUGGAGCAGUUCCGUGAGUAA